AUGGCGACCGCGAUGGAUAUUGACGAGGAUCUGCGAGAGGAAAUAUUAGCAGAUCAACGCUCUGAUACUGAUUGCGAAAGUUUGACAUCCGAUCUAGAGAUUCAGAUCCCAGACUGGGAAGAUUAUGUAGAUCCUUAUCCGAACUUCAGUUGGUUGGAAAUGAUCCAUGGGGAAGUUAGAUUUCAACGAGACCGUCGUUCGCAGGAAACACGAAUUGCGGACUGCAAGGCCUAUCUGAUUCGAAGGGACCGGAUUGCGGAUACUUUCUGGGAUGACAUGGAAGAACCAGAGCAGGAACUGGCCGAUCUGGCAUUUGAGCUCUUUGAUCGAUUUGGCUGUUUACAACCCAAGUUCAAGGAACACCCGAUCAAGCGCGGCUCCGGGAUCUGGAAAGACGAGCUCAAUUACGGGGAUAUACUUCUCAUUGAAGAUAUUCGAUUAGCCCACGCAAUCCUGGAGCUAACGGUGAAAAAGAGCCGGGGAUUCUUUGCAGUAACCUCUCCUGAAAUGACUGUUAGUGAAGUCGAUCACGAGGAGAAGUCCCAUAAUGACUCAGACGAUGGGAAAUCUGAGAAAUUACUCUUGAAUAAUGCUCUUCAAUUCUGGAGAAGACUUGGUUUUAGAAGAAUCGGUUCCUCGCGCUGGCUUGGUUAUACCCCGGAUCGAAAUCAUCCAAGUCACCAAAUAGACCCAGAGCAGGAUUUUGAUUUGCCUUCCUUUAAGCCCUCUUCUUUCACGUUGGAAAUGAACAGUUUAGCCAUGGCACUUCCGACAAUUGAUGAUACAGAAUGUCUCAGACGGCUAAAAGAUAUAUUCGUUGACAUACAUCUUGAUGAUAUCACAUGGGAAGCUAGGAACGAUAACGGAGACACCCUUCUUCACCUUGUCUCAUGCUCGUCAAAGAUAGAGUGCACACGAUGGCUAAUGUUCAGCAACCCGAAACUAUGCCAUGCAUUGAAUGCUGACGGAAGCACACCACUCGAUGCUAUGGAAGAGUCAAUGAACAAAAAUCGAAGAAUCGACCAGUACAUGGCUAAACGUACCGAUAUAUCUGAUCGAUUUUCAGGAUAUGAUCAAGCUACGAUAUUUUGCUUUGCUUUGCUAAAGGGACUUACACCAGAACGCCUGUCAGAAGCCGAAAUCUCACGUUUGAAGUUUGGAUGCACCUGUGGGAGUUGCCUGGGCGGCUUCCUCAGUCCUCGAUUGCAUGACAGGCUCAUAUUUACUGCAGAAAUAACCUUUGACUCCAUCUACACAGAUGGAGUUUCACUGGAUGGCCCGGCCUGGUGCGAGGAAAACAAAGACGUGUUUAGAUACUUGCCAGAGCAUAUCAUUCAAAGUUUCGCAGUGAAUAAGGAUAUGAUCAUAGGGUUUUCUAUGAUAUGGAAACAUAUUGUUUCAUGCCUCAGGAAGAACAUGCUUCCUACAGAGGCGAAUAUUCUUCUCCUGGUGCGAAAUGCAAAUGUAUGGCCUAAUCACAGUCGCAAUUUUCUCCAGAAUGGGGGAACGGUCUCAUCAGUAGCAACGAUGCUUUUUCGCAAGACAAUGGAGCUAGAGGAAUUUUAUGACAUAACGUAUGAAGAUGUUGAUCAUGGUGUUCCACAUAAUCUUCCGAGCUGCGAAAAUGAUCGCGAGUUAGGUCUCGUCAGUGGCAUGUGUGGCUAUGAACGGGUUUCUCGGAUUCAACUAGUGACCAUGAUGGGGAAACGCAUUCGAUAUUAG